GGUACCCGUAUUUGCUAUAUCCUUCAACAUCAAGUGGACACCGGUAGCUAGUGUCAUCCCGAAUCAGAAAUACGCUUUCUUUCAAUAUACAUGUUGGUCUGUGCCAGAUUUGUUUAUCUGUUCCAUCAAUAUGGUAAGACUCCCUCCCUAAUUCUUAUUUUUCCAACGGUUGAGUUACGUUUGGGCAUAGAAUUUAGCGUCCUGUCCAGUAGCUAUCAAGACAAGAUCCCUCACGCUACAGAAACAGGUGAAAUAUUGGCCUACCAUAUCGGCCAUUCUGGCUCAUACAUUACUUUAUUUACCGUGUGUCUGAAAAACACAGCUGCUAUCAAACCAGUGUUCAGUAAGCUCUGAGCCUGAUGCAUCUGUCCUCUUAAGGAAUAAAUUCUUAUUAGAAUCAACACAGUCUCAAAUCUUGCAAAUGAAUGUUAGAGAGGAUGAUGACACAGAGACAGAUAGGCCUGCAGGCAAUUCCAGAGCCCUCACCUUGGCGGUGUGCUCCGCUGCCAUCGGUGGCACCUUCCAGUACGGCUACAACCUCUCCAUCAUCAACGCCCCAACCAACCACAUCCAGAGGUUCAUCAAUGACACAUACUGGGAGCGCUGGGGAACCGGCCUAGACACCUCCCAGGUGACCCUGCUGUGGACCGUGAUCGUGUCUGCCUUCUCCCUGGGUGGCCUGACCGGGGCUCUUCUGGCAGGACCCAUGGCUGUCCGCUGUGGCAGGAAGAACUCACUACUUCUCAAUAACUCUUUCUUGUUCCUCGGUGCAGUCCUCGCCCUUACCAGCAGGGCGGCGAGGUCAGUUGAGAUGAUUAUUUUUGCCCGCCUGCUAGUGGGGAUCAACGCUGGAGUGAGCAUGAACAUCCAGCCCAUGUAUUUCGUAGAGAGCGCCCCCAAACACCUGCGUGGCGCUGUGGCCUUCUCCUCUGCCGUGUUCACUGCAUUCGGGAUCUUCCUGGGCCAGGUGGUGGGUCUAACGGAGCUGUUGGGUACCGAGCCCCUCUGGCCCUACCUCCUGGCCAGCAAUGCCCUCCCAGGCCUCCUCCAGCUGCUCACCCUGCCCUGGUUCCCUGAGAGCCCCCGCUACCUGCUCAUGGACCGGGGGAACAAGGAGGCGUGCGCCCGGGCUCUGGGUAGGUUCCGCGGCGGGGCUGACUUCAGCCUGGAGAUGGAGGAGAUGCUGCAGGAGCAGGCUGACGCCGGUGGGGCCACGGCCAAGAUUCAGACUCCCUGGGACCUGUUCUCCAACCGCUCCCUCCACCCCCAACUACGCACUGUGAUGGCUGCUAGCAGUGCCAUGAUGCUGUGUGGUAAUGACUCCAUCUACUUCUAUGCCUCGUACAUCUUCCUAGCAGCAGGAAUCCCUGUGGAGAAGGUCCAGUAUGUUUCUAUUGGCACUGGGGCCUGCGAGUUCACUGCUGCCGUCGUGUGUAACCUGCUGAUUGAGCGUGUGGGCCGCAGGAUGCUCCUCAGUGGCGGAUACGCCCUGAUGGCGGUCUGGGCGCUGGUCUUCACCCUGGCCCUGACCCUCCAGGGCUACUCUGUCCCAGGGAUGCCCUAUCUCAGUAUGGCCUGUGUGUUCUGCUAUAUCCUCAGCUUCGGUAUGGGCCCUGCCGGGGUUACGGGAAUCUUGCCUGCUGAGAUCUUUGACCAGACGGCUCGGCCUGCGGCCUACAUGGUGGCUGGGUCCCUCAUGUGGAUCAACCUCUUGAUAGUAGGCAUGGCUUUUCCGUUUCUAGUGAGUUACCUCAAUGCGCUCUGCUUCAUCCCGUUCUGUUGCGUCUGUGUGACGGCCUCUUUGUUUGUGGGCCUCACUCUGCCCGAGACCAAGGGCAGGACACUUGCUGAGAUCACAGCAGAGUUUGAUAGGAGUCUUUUGAAGAAGGGCCCAGAGAAGCAGGGGCCCGAGCCCAUGAAGGAGCAAUAUCAGCUGGGUAAAGCUCUCUCUCUCACCACCAUAGACCCAGAGCCCCUCUCUCAUCUCCUAGACCCAGAGCCUCUCUCUCUCACAGCCCUAGACCAGAGCCUCUCUCUCUCACAGCCCUAGACCAGAG